AUGGCACCGGCGGAGAUGGCCGAACUAAAGAAACAGUUGGGAGAGUUGAUGGAGAAAGGUUUAGUGAGACCAAGUAGCUCACCAUGGGGUGCACCGGUGCUCUUUGUAAAGAACAAGGAUGGUACUUUCCGACUUUGCAUCGAUUACCUGGGAUUGAACAAAGUGACGGUGAAGAAUCGGUAUCCUUUGCCGAGGAUUGACGAGUUGCUUGAUCAACUCCGGGGAGCCACAUAUUUCUCGAAGAUUGAUUUGGCUUCGGGAUAUCACCAAAUCCCGAUAGAAGAGUCCGACAUUCGAAAGACAGCCUUUAGGACAAGGUACGGCCAUUACGAAUUUGUGGUCAUGCCGUUUGGGUUAACCAACGCUACGGCAGUAUUCAUGAAACUCAUGAAAAAUGUGUUCCGAGAGUACUUGGACGAGUUUUUGAUUGUGUUUAUAGAUGACAUCUUAGUCUAUUCGAAGAGUAAAGAUGAGCAUGCCGCACAUUUGAGGAAAGUGUUGGAAAGGUUAAAAGAGCAGAAGCUAUUCGCCAAACUGAGCAAGUGCAGCUUCUAG